UCACAUUCACUCUGUGUGUUCACAAAGAGCCCACAAAGCUCCACAUUCUCACACUCUGGGUUACAACCUCACUGCUUCACCUCUAAAAACUGAAGAUGGGGAAAAUUAAUGGAUGUCUCAAGUGCAUUUUUGUCUUCUUCAAUGUGCUCUUUGCAAUCUUUGGAGCUUUACUGAUUUAUGGAUUGCUACAGACCUCUACCUAUAAGGAGGAUAUCUCAUCACUUGAUUUGCCAGGCUUGAUUUGGGGUUGGUUGUUUGUCAUCGGCGUCCUCGGUGUUUCCUCUCUGGGAAUCUUUGCUACGUGCUGUGAGUCAAUCAUCGGCCUCAAACUAUUUGCAAGCUUCAUGGGGAUUGGAAUGAUCAUCAUGUUUUACGCAGGCAUCAAUGUAGCAAGAGGAAGAAAUGAGAUAGAGACUGCCUUCCGGGAUGAACUACAAAGGGCCAACCUAAGAGAAGAAGUCAUUAGAAGCAUGGUCGAGGAGAUACAGUCAAAUUUUCAUUGCUGUGGAAUUAGGAGUGCCACAGACUGGGGUGAUAAUAUCCCUGACUCCUGUGAAUGCAUUUCUUCAAAUCCUGGAUAUGUAACGGAUCGAGGAUCCAACUCACGUAGAUGUGAAUCCAAGCCUCAGGGAAUCAGAGGCCCAGAUGAAAUCUAUGAACAGUCCUGCUACGACAUUAUCCUUGAACUUUUGAACCUUGGCUUUAACAUCAUGUUUGGCUUCUUCUUUGGAUUUGCUAUUAUAGCACUGCUGGGCCUGCUCUUUGCCAUCUGCAUGAUUAAUCAGGUCAAAAGUGACAACAGUAGAGAAUCCAUGUACUUGAGGAAGUACUAAAGGGAGCCACCACACCACAUGUCCUCUGACCUUUGAGUUAUGGUGCAUCAAGAGGAGUCGUGAUCAGGGCAUGACCUUUUUUUCUUUUUUCUUUUUUCUUUUUUAACUGUGUUUUACCAAAAAAAAAAAAAAGUAAUAUGUGCCUUGUAAGUAAUUUCUCAUUUUCCUUCCUGCUCUUUAAUAUACCAAGCAUAGCUUUAAAAACAAAAAAUUAUUUUCUGAAAAGCUUUAUAACUCUUUUGUUAUUUGAUGAUUUCCAGUGUUUAGCCAUCUUAACCAGAGACAUAUUAUAGUGAAGAAAUUAGAUCUCCUAAUCGGACUCUCUGUCUCUCUAUUUCUUAUAAGAACCAGUGAAAAGUUUGGACACAUCUUCUCAUUAAAUGGGUUUUCUUUAUUUUCAUGACUAUUUACUAUGAAUGAACACAUAUGGAAUUAUGU